AUGCAGCGGCUGCAGCUGAUGCUGGCCUCCGAGGAGGCCACCAAGGACAUCACCCUCCAGUUGUACAACCGCUUCGAGGGCGACCCCGUCCGGCUGGAGCGGCUCCUGGAGGCGAUGGAGGACCGCUGGGGCUUCCCCGAGCGUGUCUUCCCGCUGCUGCGGAACCAGCUGAGCAAGGCGCAGGGGCGCCGCCGGGCCAUCGGCAGCCAGGAGGAACUCGGCAACAAGCGCAUCACAGAGGAGGAGUGGGUUAAGGCCUUCCGGUGCUGGCUGCAGGUCCUGAGCCGCAAGUGCGCGGACGUGCGCGUGGAGCGGCAGGCGAGCAUGGCGAACGCUGCUGCCGAUGAGGCCAUGGCUCGCGUGGAGGCCGUGGAGGAAGUGAUGGUAUCCGUCGACAAGCAGUUCAUCACGAACGUGAAGGGCGUGGAGACCUACGGCAAUCAGUUCGGGAGCGUGGGGUUCGUGAGGAGAGGCGUCAUCCUCGUGAGCCGGCAGCAGUCUGGGGAGUGGAGGAUGGACGGCGGCUGCGGCCGAGUCCAGCUCGACCCGGACAGCCUACAGCGGGCGGGAGUCCAGGCCGAGGCGAAAGUGGUCGACGAGGCUGCCCUGGCUGCCUUUGCGGGCCUGGGGUUUGCCUUCCGCAGAGACCAGCGGCAAUCCGCAAGAAUUGGGGCGAACAAAUUCACAAUUUCAUACGCCAAGACGAUCCUGGUCGACUUCAAAGGAGCGAAGAACCUAGGGGGCAUGACGGGGAACCGCGUGCGCGACCAUGUCGUUGCCAUGAAGGGCCUGGGCGGCACGCUGCUGCGCGAACGCGCAGACAUCGCCGAGUUGUUUGCGAUUUUCUUCGCCAGCCUCUACGUCGGGCUCGGCGGCGAGGGCCUCUCCGCAGACGGCGGCGAGCGCGGCCGACAGCCCUGCGGGCGGGCGCCCGCCCUGCUGGGCGGCCUGUCGCUGCUGCUGCUGGGCGUCCUGGGCUCCUGCGCUGCGCUGCGUCCCAGCGCGGCGGGUGCCCGCGGGGCGCCCGCCGCGGCGGGCUUCGGAGGGCGGGAGCGCCCCAUCAGCCUCGACAGCGAGCCCGAGCUGCACCUGGUCGUCGCGGAUCCGGAGAUGCAGCCGCCCGAGAGCCCCGCGGAAGCCGAUGCGCCGCGGCGUGCGGCUCCGCAUGCAGCGUCGAGGUCCAUGGCCCAAAAUGAGAGCCGCAACCUGACACGGAUUCUCGAGGAGGACGAGCUUUUCGAGAACGCCCGUGGCCUGGACGGGGAGCUGCCCCCAUGCGUAGGCCUGGAGUCGUGCCCAGAUUACCCAAUGCCAUACGCCAAUGGCGAGUGGCCCACCGAGUACAGAGUCGAGGGCCGCUUCCCGGACGACUUCGUUUGGGGGAUGGCCACUGCCGCCUACCAGAUAGAGGGCGCCUACCGCGAAGGCGGCCGCGGAGCGUCCAUCUGGGACACCUUCACAGGCGCGAAUACCGUCGGGAUGCCAGGCGCCAACUGCAGCUACUGCUGCAAGAAGGCCCCGUGCACGCCCCACGAGCUGAUGGCCGCCCCGGGCGCCACUGGGAACGUUGCCUGCGACCAUUACCACCAGUGGAAGGCGGACGUGGCACUCAUGAAAUCCAUGGGCCUGAAGCAUUACCGCUUCAGCAUCUCUUGGCCGCGCAUUUUCCCGACAGGCGCCUCCAGUGGCGAGCCCAACCCCGAGGGUUUGGCCUUCUACAGCGACCUCAUCGACGAGCUGCUGGCGGCCGACAUCACUCCGUUCGUGACGCUCUACCACUGGGACCUGCCCCAAGCGCUGCUGGACCCUCCUCGGAAGAACGGCUGGUGGUCCCGCGACGAGGACGGCAAGCCGAACGGCGAGGUCCUCCCCGCCUGGCUCCACUACGUCGACGCCUGCUUCUCCCACUUCGGCGACCGGGUCAAGACGUGGGCCACCUUCAACGAGGCCUGGACGUUCACCUACCUCGCGUCUGGCCUCGGCAAGGCGCCCAGCAUCGCGGAGUUCAGCGACAUGGACCGGGACCCCUGGAUCGCGGGGCACAACGUGCUGAACGCGCACGCGGCGGCCGUCCAGCUCUACCGCGCAAAGUUCUACGCGCAGGGCGGCAAGAUUGGCAUCACGAACAACCAGGACUGGCGCGAGCCGAAGACCGACGACCCCGAGGACGUGGCGGCCACGGAGCGCUCGGUGGAGUUCCAGCUCGGCUGGUUCUCCGAGCCCAUCUUCGGAGGCCGCGGCGACUACCCGCCGGCGAUGCGCCAGCUGUACGGGGACCGGCUGCCCCAGUUCACGGACGAGGAGAAGCGGAGGAUCAACAACAGCGCCGACUUCUUCGGCCUGAACCACUACGGUACGGGCCUCGGGUCCUUCGAGCCGCAAGCGGGGUCCAACGACAUGUCCUACAUGAAGGCCUGGCAGGGCCCCAUGUUUGUGAAAGGCCAGUCCGGCUGGCUGUACUCGGCAGCCUGGGGCUUCCGCAAGCUGCUCAACUGGGUCAGCAGGCGCUACGGAAAGGACGUGCCGAUCUACAUCACCGAGGGCGGGUGGUCCAUGUCGGCGGACUCCACCGCCGAGGGCAUCAGCGACAGGCAGCGCCUGGAGUACUACGCCAACUACACCUCGGAGAUGGGCCGCGCCAUCUCCGAGGACGGCGUAAACGUGAAGGGGUACUACGCCUGGUCGCUCAUGGACAACUUCGAGUGGGAGCAGGGCUUCCGCGAGCGCUUCGGGACCACCUACAACGACUUCGCCCACAAGCCGGACCGCCACGGGAGGCCCUCGGACAAGGUGCCCACGGAGGGCCGGCAGGUGCGCACGCGGAAGAUGUCGAGCUGCUGGCUCGAGGCCGUGUGGCGCUCCAACGAGCUGGUGGACCCCGACUCCUUCGGGGGCUGCGUGCCGCAGGGCGUCUUCGCGGGCAAGUUCUCGCUGCCUGGAGCGGCGGGCUGCGAGAUGGAGAUCAACAUCGGCCCCUUCCCAGACAUGGCCUACAUCACGGGCUCUCACGCGCUCGAUGGGGCCACUGGCAGGUGCGCCAUGGGCGCGGCCUCGUGGGGCCCCACGCCAGCGAACCUCAGCGGAGGAACCCUGAUCGCGGACUUCAGCACCAUGGGCCUCCCCGGCAACCUCGCAGGCUACUGGAACCGAGAAGACCGAGGUAUCCACUGGGGCGACGGCGGCGUGUGGCAGGCUACGGGCGACAGCCCCGUCCUGCUGACCGACCCGUGGGCGCACAGGUCCGCCGGCAGCCGCCCCGGCGCGGCCGGCGAGCGGGGCAGCGCCGGCCGCCCCGCGCCCCUCGCCGCGGGGGCCGCGCUCCUCGCGGCGCUGGCCGGGGCCCUGUGGGGCUCGGCCGCGUGA